AUGGGGGCGAAACGCGCAGCGCAGUCAGAUGUGAUCGUCAAGCUGAUAGUCGGCGCUGGGCAGGCGUCGCCCUCGCCGCCCGUUGGUCCAGCGCUGGGUUCCAAAGGAGUGAAGAGUAUGGAAUUCUGUAAGGAAUUCAAUGCGAGGACGGCGAACUGGAUUGCCGGAACUCCAGUGCCAGCUCGCGUGACUGUUCGACCAGAUAGAUCCUUCCACUUCGAGAUUCGAACACCGCCGACCGCAUCGUUACUCCUUUCCGCAGCAGGCGUAUCGCCCAUCAAGAACAAGCUGAAAGCCGCUCCAGGAAAUGCCGGCUUGGGGACGGUGGGAACUGUCAGCUUGAAGCACGUUUACGAAAUCGCGAAGAUCAAGCAGGGCGAGACGAGGCUCUCGGGCGUAAGUCUGGAAGCGAUGGUGAAGAGCGUGAUAGCGCAGGCUGGCAGUAUGGGAGUGGUGAUUGUGCCUUGA